GUUAAUGAUAUUAUAGAUAGGUGUAAUAAUUUUAUCGCACAAUUUUCCCUACUAAAGGACGUAAAAUCAGGAGUUAUUGAGGAGACCAACAAAUUGUAUGCUAAUAUUACUAGUUUGCAUAACGAAAUAUUAGAGUUAUGUUCAAAGUCUGAGGUAGAGGAAAUUACAAGUAGCGAUAGCGAAUACAGUGAAUUCGACACCAUGGAGUUCGAUUUAAAGUCAGCGUGUAGUCUUAUACCACUUAUGGAUGGUACUGAGGAAACAACAAAGAGAUUAAUAGAUGCUGUUGAUAUGUAUUCGGGUAUGUUAAACGAGACAGGUAAAAAGUCGCUAAUUACAUUUGUGUUAAAAGGAAGGUUGUCUGAAAGUGCGAAAUUACGUAUGUCAGCUACUUAUACGACCGUAGAGCAACUUAUAAGGGAUUUACGUAACUCACUUUUACCUAAAAAGUCCUUUACAGCAAUCCAUUCCCGACUUCAAAAUAUAAGUCAGGGUUGGCGUAGUAUAGAUCAGUAUGGAUCCGAAAUAGAGAAACUUUUUUCUGAGUUGACUAUAACUCAGGCAGAAGGUAAUUCGGCGAGUUAUGAUGUGCUAAAGCCGCUGAACGAAAAAAUGUGCAUUAAAAAGUUCACAGAUGGUUUGAAGGAUCCAAGGCUCAGCACCAUCAUUGCGGCGCGGAACUUCAGCAGCUUGAAGGAUGCGAUCCAGGCUGCGCAGGACGAAGAUGUAUCGAGGCCGACAACGUCCAGCCAAUCGGAGGUCAUGGGUAUGUACCGCUCACAAAACUCUUUUAACAGGUACCACAGAGGCUUUGCUCACAACUCGUACAGAGGUCAUCGGCAUCGUAAUCAAAGGGGUCCGCGACAGUACUCCUAUGGUCGAUAUCCUCAACCCCAACAAGGCAACUCGCGAGGAGGUGGCCGUGGAUACAAGUCACGAGGCAGGCCGGCACGAGGGGGUUCGUAUUUCGGGUCCCGUGCCCGAGGGGUCACCGCUCGUGGCAGCCUGCACGUGAUACGGCACGCCGAGAAUGGCUCGACCGGUCAACACCCGAGUGCACCAAAUACGGAAUCGCUGAAUCAUUUUUUUCGAGACUGA